CCCGGCUGCCCUGGCGGAGCCGCGCAGUAAAGCGGAGCGAGGGGCGGGUCCUUGGCACCUCCUCCAGCCCCGGCUGCGGACCCGCGGGGAUGUUCCCGGCUCAGGAGGAGGCUGACAGGACCGUGUUUGUGGGCAAUUUAGAGGCCCGAGUGCGGGAAGAGAUUCUUUACGAGCUGUUCCUUCAGGCCGGGCCACUAACCAAAGUGACUCUCUGCAAAGACAGAGAUGGAAAGCCGAAGUCCUUUGGCUUUGUCUGCUUCAAGCAUCCUGAAUCCGUGUCUUAUGCCAUAGCUUUGCUGAAUGGAAUUCGUUUAUAUGGAAGACCAAUUAAUGUGCAGUAUCGGUUUGGAAGUUCUCGCACUUCUGAACCAGCCAACCAAAGUUUUGAGAGCUGUGCUAAGAUAAAUUCACAAAGCUUCAGGAAUGAUGAAAUGGUGGGAAGAUCUUCCUUUCCCAGGCAGUUUUUCCCAAUUGCGAAUGCGGCCUUACCUCAAGAGUACUUUUUCUUUCAGAAAAUGUGGCACACACAAACUCCAGUGUUGCAGCCUCCUUUCUAUGACGUGGCAGCUCCACUUCCCAACUGUGCAUCUGGGCCUUGCUCCUUAAAUCAUGCUUCAGACCUAGAGGCUGGACCGAGCUCCUAUGAAUGGACUCACCAACAACCAAGUGACCCAGACCUGUACCAUAGGAAUAAACGAAAGAGGCAAAGGCAAGCCAGCGACAGCGACAGUAGCUCAGAAGACAAGAGAGGAAGCCAAAAAUGCCGGAAAUGUAAAAAGAAGAAAAGAUACUAGUGAUCUGUAUUAGCACUGCCCUCAACUCUCUCUAGAAAAAAAAGAAUCUGUUGUAACAAAUGACCAAUUGCUUGGCCAUCUUGUCUUUUUCUUUUUCAAAUAUAUGGAAAUAUGACUAUGUGAUUUGCUAUUCAGUUUGCUGUUCUUGCACUUGAAUGAUAAAAGCCUUUCAACAGUAAUAUAAUGUACUACUCUUGUAUUUGCAAGGUUGCUUUUGGCCCAUUAUCAAGAAGAAUACACUUUGCAUCAUCUUAUUUCAGUGCUGAGGACGAAAUUUCACUAAAUUCUAAGGCCACUCACUAAACCCUUGACUGUUAAGCUCCAUGCUCUCCUUAGAGUCUCUCCUAAGGCUGCCAACCACAGGGGGGCUGGCCUCAGAGGUGCUUCUGCAGGUUACUUGAAAGAAGUAAUGGGCAUAACUAAAAACAAUGUGUUCUAAUGGAUGUAGUGAGGAGGUUUCAGUUCCCUUUGUACCUGACACUUUACCUGUUAUGUCUAACAUGAUAUCGCCGAGGGUCACUAUCAGGUUGAUUUCGUAAACCAUGUGAUACCAAAGGAAAAAUAAUUCUUAUAUGCUCAGUAUCAUAUGCUUAAAUGGAAUGCAUAUGAUUAUUUGCCCUUUCUGUGAUUUUAUUUGGUAUAUUGCUAUGCAUAACAUUUAUUGUUUGUAAUGAGUCGAUGGUAUCAGUGUCUCCGUUCUACUUUUGCCAGCAAGGGUCGGAAGGAUACGGUGAAGGUGUGAAUUUCCAGGAUGAGAAGGUGCAUGCAAUGAUGUUUCAUCAUCGUACACUAUUAAAUAUAUGAUUGUCCGAGUCUAAAGUUUUAAUUCACUUAUUUUAGAAGAUAAAUGUACAACAUGUAAAAUGAAUGAUGUACCUCGACACUUUCAUUAAUUUAAUAACUUGGCAUAAAUUAACAUGAUGAAAAUCAUAUAUUUAUUAAAGCUAAUUGAUAGAAUCACGCAAACCCAUUAGCCCUUAUCUAUUCAGUUAAUAGAAAAAACACAUAAUGGGUGUUAAUUUUGCAUGUUGCUAUACUUUUUCACAGAUAUUAUUUAUUUAAAAGAAUAAAAAUAUGUUUAACCAGACAAAUAACUGAGUUUUACUCUUGGUAUAAGUAUACAAGAUCAUUGUUGUUAUAACAAAUACAAGCCUAUUUCCUUUGGGUCAAUAUGAAAACCUAAAUUCUGCUGCAUGGAACUUUAACUUGAUUUUUACAUUCUUCAACAUUCAAAUAUUAAAGUACUAUUUUUUUCUUUUAAAUUUGUAUUUUAACAAAUUGAAAUCAUAGCCAAUAUAAAGUUUAUUCUUUCAUAAUUAAGUAGCAACACCAUUAAACACAUUAAUAUCAUCUUCAGUUUUUCUCCAACUGUAUAAUUUACUAUAGACAUGAAUUAGGCCUGGCAUAUAGCAGAGCUGUGUAUAAGAAUGUUUCUUAGUAACUAAGACUGAAACACGUAAGAAGGUUAGAUUAAAGUAGACCAUGAUCUAACAUGUCACAACUGGAAAAUGUUCUUGUAACUCUUCCAUCAAAGGCAGAAAACUCAGUAUCAACUCUUAACUAGUCAGCCAUUCACCUAAACAAAAUGCUUGAAAAUUCACUUUCACUGUGCUGUCAUUCUUUAUUAAAGAUUAUAAAACUUACCUUAAAGAGCUAAUAUUUAA